GUUUCGCCUCUACGUCAGCGGAAGUGCUCCCUGAGCAACAGCAUCAGGAGGAAAAAAACCCUACAAUGAUUGAAGAAAACGGUCCUUCUGCACAUGAGCAGUCUGAAGUGUCCCCCUCGUCCCAGGCCAGGCAGAAGCUGGAGGGGCUCUUGAACAAGAACAUGAGGAUCCGCAUGACGGAUGGACGGACCCUGGUGGGGCUCUUCCUCUGCACAGACCGGGACUGCAAUGUGAUUCUGGGCUCGGCUCAGGAGUUCCUCAAAUCCUCAGACACUUUUUCCCAGGGUGAACCCAGAGUCCUGGGCCUGGCCAUGAUCCCCGGACACCACGUGGUUUCCAUAGAGGUGGAGGCUGACAGUCUGGAGGAGGCUGAGGGGUUUGGAUUCACCCACUGAUGACAGAGCGCCGCCCCACGUUUUUGAUCCAGAGACUGUUUCCUGUUGAGGCCCGUGUUCAGACGAGAAGAGGAGUGUGGACCCAGAACCUCUAGAUUUUUCUCUUUCCUUUGACGAUGAAAAGAAAAGUCCAUUGGCAGCAAUUAUGGAAGCCUCCUCUUCAGACUGAGAUCAUUUAGGACACCAUUUGUUCAAGGAUCUUAAAAUAAAUGGAUCAAUUUCAUCUUUUUAAAUUGCUGAUUCCAAAAUGCCACAUUAUUUUUUUAAUUAAAACAUUAGAAAAACCGAUUAAUCAAUUUAAACCUUUACUGUAGGAGCUGCAAAUGCUUGAAAAGUUCUGUUUUUCUGUGAAGCACUGAAGUAACAAUAAGUUUUUUUUAACCCCAGCUUUACAUCUGAUGAGCAUCAUGGAGUCCUCAGACCCCUCACAGCAGUUAGCAGUGCAUAUAUUGCAAUAUAAAAUAGUUCUUAAUAGAAAACAGCAGGUUUGACAAAACAAAAAGUGUUUUCUGUUGGAUAUAGGAUUGAGUUGAAUUAUUGUUGGAUUAAAGGCAUAUUUAAUCAAACUGA